AAAAAAGUCAAUACUGAUGGAAUCAGCUGUUUACAUCAAGGCGGUAGUUUGCGACGCGUUGCCAUAGUUACCCUAGCGAACACCAAAAUACAAACAUCUUUCACUCAAUCAAACAUGGCAUAACUUUUCAAAAUGCAGAGAGUGGAAAGUGCAUGGGUUGAAUCAGUUGGUAAGCAAUCGUUGCUCAAUAAUGACGGACAAUCGCUCGCUUAGAAAAACGGAUUCAAGUGUAUCAUCGGAAACAAGUGACGACGAUGCAAGAACACGUGGAAGCAAAUCGAGGGGGAAGAGUAGCGCGAAAGACGACAAAGAAAGCAGUCGAAGGAAACGAAACACCAAUACCUCGUUGGACAGCAAUGGCGAAUCUGAAGAUGAAGAGAUCAACAAAUUGCAAAAAAUUAUUCAAGAUCAAGCUAAAGAACUCAACGAAGAAAAACAGGCUUCGAGAAAGCUCCGUCAAAUGGUGAAACUUUUGAAAAGAGAGACGAAGCAACUUCAGGAAGACAAGUCAAAGAAACAAGGUGAAGCACAACAGUCUAAUAAUUCAGACUCGGAUAAUCCACCUUGGGAACGUCGAAAACUGGAAGUUCGAUUGGCUGAAUUCGAAAAAGUCGUUCGUGAAAAAAAUGAUCACAUAGAGCAACUUUUAAGGGAUUGCAGGAAAAUGGAGCAAGAAAACCAGCAAUGUAACAGUCAGAUUCAGGAACUAACUCAACCUUUUAACGAAUGCACUCAGCAGCUUCAGAUAGCCACGCACAACUACGAAACUCUCGAGUCAACGUUUAAAGAACGAACGAGCCAACUUGAGAUAGAAAACGAUAAAACUCGUAUUCAACUCGGAGAAUGUCAAUGGCAAAAGGACAAAACUGAAGAGAAUUUGGACAAGUUAACUGAAGCUGUAGAUGUCACCAUUAAUAAAUGCAAAGAAAUUAUUGACAGCAAACAGAAAACGAUCGAAACGCUUCAAGCCAAGCUUGAAAUUUAUAGAUCUUCAGGCCUAUCAAAUAGAGAAAAGGAAAUUGAACGACUAAGAGCUGAAUUGGCCACGGCCUCGAAAGAGAUAGAAGAAAGUGCCCGUCUGAUGGAGCGAUUCCAGGGUCUGCAUCUAAGCGACGGUGCGAAAGCCAUUACGAGCGGGGUAAAAAGGAAACUCAAAGAAUUAGAAACACUGAAGGCUACACUAAAGGAAAACGAUCGACUUCUAUUGGAACGGGAAGAACAAGUGGCUGAGCUCAUCAGAGUCGUUCAUCGUUACGAAUCGGGAACAUACGGACUAGCUGAGGCCACAAAAGAAUUGAAAGAAACUCGUGAACAAUUGAAAAUCCGUGACGACCACAUCGAACGCCUUAUCGAACAACUCAAUACGUUAGAGGAACGAAUGGAAGACGUUGUUUUGGAGAACACUGAUCUCAGGGAAAAGUAUAAUGUCGACCCUAAAUUGUUUGACCUUCCUCUAAAAAAGAUGACACUAAAUCAACAACGAGAGGCAUAUCAGCAAGAAAUUCAGCAACUGAAAGAAGAAAACAUGCAAUUAGGAUUAGAGAACCGAAGUUUUAAACGCGCCCUAUUGCGAGGAGGAGAACGUCAGCCACCUGAUGUUCUUUCUACUCCCGUUUCCCAACCAAACGAUAAGCUUCUAUUGGACUAUCAAAAAGCUUGUUCGGAAGUUAUUGUAUUGAGGAAAGGAUUAAUCGAGAUUUUACAUUCCGUUCGUCAACAAGAUGGUAGUAGUGAUGUCAAAAUUGAAUCGCCCAUACUGGAACGGCUUGUGACGGUACUGAAUAGCGAAAAGCUAUUCGGCCAUUACGACGCCUAUGCCGACAUCAUGAAUGAAAAUAGUCGACUCUACGGCGAGAACAAAUUGUUGAGAGAAAGAGUCCGCGAUAUGAAAUCGGCCACUUUUAUAACAGUCGAACAUCCACCGCCAGUUGGGCCAUCACCGACGCAUUCAAGUCGCCCUAGCAGUGCCGAGAAAACAUCAAAAACCGAUAAAGAUAUUCAAGUUUCGGUGAAAGUAGUCGACUCUGGAUGCGAUCCCCACAUUGUUGAGAAUGUUAAUCAGCCCGUUGUGGAAGUUCAUCGACCUCCAUCGCCUAAACAAGCGAAAGAAACUGUUGUACUACAACAGGCUGUACCGCCAUGCGAAUUGACCGGCCAAUUGGAGCGAUACCAGCAGAAACUCUGUGAUCUGGAAUUAGAAUUGGACAAGGUCAAACAUGAGUUACAUAAUGUGACGGAGAAGCAUGAAGCAUCCAUCGUCAAUUGGCAACUCCGUGAAAUCGAUUGGAUGAAUCAAAUUGCUCAAAACGGGACCAAAAUCGAAGAACUCGAACAAGAUUUACUUUCCAAAAACAAAGUGCUAAUUGAAUUGCAAGACGCCAAUGCUGCUUCAAGUCGCGAAUUGACAAACAGCGAACCAAUGGAUGAAAUCAGAAUUAGGAUGGAAAAGGAACUCGUGACAUUAAAGGUCCGGUUGGAUCACAAAGAACAAACAUUAAGACGUUCUCAACAGUUUCUCGAUGAAGUACGGCUGGAACAGCUGAAAAUGAUUGAAGAUCACAGUCAAGAGGUUCUCAACUUGCAAGACACCAUCCUCGAACAACAAAGAGCGUUACACAGGGUUGAACAGACGCAAAGGGAAGUUGCUGCUUCUGCAGCUUCCAGCCGGGCCGUAGUACGCCAUUUAGAGACGGAAGCAGAUUCCAGUCAUCAACUCCAUUCUCAGAUUUCUGAUAUAUCAGGUCAGCUGGAAACUGUUCGCAAACAGGCCGCUCAAUGGAAACAAGCAGCCGAAAUUCUCAGCAAGGAGAAACAAUCAUUGAAAGAAAGUUUAAUGGUAGACCAUAAAUUGGUUGUGGAACAGCUGAAAUCGCAAUGGGAAUCGAGUCAAUUAGAAUUGAAAGAGCAACGUGACAAAGUAUCUGAUUUAACACGUCAGCUGAACGAAGAACGUUUCGACAAUCAACGGAGUACUUUGCUCCAAGUGUUGGUGGCAAAACUGAAGACGGAAUUGGACAAGAAAGAAAAGCAAAUGGAUUUCCUGAAACAGCUGGCGGAAGACAUGCAUAGUCGUCUCGAGUGCGCCGUGAAUCCCCCGCCAUUAGUUACCAGCACUCCAGUACCGACGCCCAUCACGAUCCGAUUGCCAAGUCCAGCCAUGAUUGAAACUAGUCCAUCUAAACGAGAAACAGGAUCAAAUAAUACCCUAGCCGAUUUGGAAUUGCAACACACUCAACUUCAAAAGACGUCCGCAGCCCAACGGAAGCAAUUGGAGUUGUUAAGAAAUCAAUUGAAAGAUCAAUCAUCUUUAGUUGAGAAAUUGCAAACAGAAAAGGGCAAUCUGAGUCGACAGAUGGUGUCACUUAGAACGCGUGUAACUCGACUGUCGGGCGAAAAAGCGGCCGCUCAAUCCUUGCCGGAUGAUGGAGUCUGUCGUCUAUUGAAACGCAUCAAAGAGUUGGAAGGACAGUUGGCCAUGUUCCACACGGCCGAGAGACCAACGGCUGAAGAUCCACAGAAUUUGAUGGUCAGAAAUUUAGCAAUGGAUCAAUGGAAGGAGCGCAAGAAAAUGCAGGCUGUCAUUGAUCAUUUAAAAUUGAAAGUCAAAGAUCUUCAGGAUCGUAUCCAAGAAGAUGAACGUCAAAAUGAAAGUCUUCGUAAAACAGUCAAUCGAUUAGUGAAUGAAAAACGAGUUUUAGAAGAUAAAUUGAAAUUCAAAGCCAAUGAUAACGAACGCAUUCAUCGUCUGGUAGAGGAAAAUACUCAAUGGCGUAUUCGAUUCGAAGGAUUGGAACGUCAGCUGAGAGAAUUAUCUGAAGAACAAACGGAUACGAAUCGCCAUCGAUUGCAAAUCUCGGUGUUGCAGGAACGUAUCAGAAAACAAGAGCAGCAAAUUUCUGAAAUGGAAUCAAAACCGGUUAUAAAAUCAACUCCCAAUGAGUCGGUAGAACUGAGCGAAGAUGAUAAAAUGAAUAACAUCAAAACUAUCGAGAUAAAAUUGCGAGAAAACAUUCAACGCCUAGUCAAUUUGGUACAAAUACCGAGACGUUCUAACGGAGAGAAACGCAUCAGCUUUCAGGAUGGCCCGCCGAUGGCAGACAUCCGACGAACAGUCAAAACGUUACACCAACUCGUCUGCCAAUUGAAUGAUGACGACGUUGGUUGAAACGCCCGCCCCCUUCCGUCACAACACACUUUCUAUUCUCCCUUUUCCCACCCGUCUUGUUCUUUCUCUUCGCGGAAAUAAGAAAAUAUAUAUUUAUAUAUAUUUUUUUUUCUUUUUUUUUCGUGAGUGAGCAUUUGUCGACGAAAAAUGUGUUGCUGUUCGUCGGCUUGUGUCUGCUUCUUUCUUUCCCCUUCUUGUACCUCCUUCCUUUUUCUUUUAUGUUAUGUAAAGUCGGCUGGAGAAAGUAGGUCAAAACACAUCACGCACGAGCUCAUCUUGAUGGUUCGGCUCGUUUUCGUGUGUGUGAGCUGAUGGACAUGGACAUCCGCCUUCCGGACGGAGAAACUUGCUUUUGUUCAAUGUCGAUUUUUUCGUUUCACCAAUGGAAUGGACCGAGACUUGAAAUCUAUUUUUAUUUUUAAUACUCGGUUCCAAGGAAAUGGGUUUCUCUUGUCCUUGAAAACACAAUGAUUUGCAUGUUAUUCAACUUUGCAAGUCUUCAGGUAUUCUGAUAAAAAGUUAAAAUGUAGCAGAGGACCUUGGAAAUGUUUUUGGCAUUUUGAAUGGCCUUCACAUUUUAAUUCGACGUUUUUGUGAAAUUAGGAGAAAACGGAAUCGCUCAUCAUCUCCUCUGGGGGGGAAGAGGAACGUCUUCAAGGGAAAUGAGACGAAUAGAAAAAAAAAACAGACAGAAAAACUGGAAGCAGACUCGGUGAAAAGAGUUUUUCAAGUUUUCCAAAGAACACACAAAAAAAAACCCAGAUUUGAAAAAAAAAAAAAGAAGCCAAGAAAACAACAAAAACUUGCAAGGGAGUUUUGCAACUUUCACUAGAUAAGUUGAUGGCGAUAAGAAACAAUGGAGGAGGGGACCACCCCCAUUUGCUUUAGAAGAAAGAAAAAGAAAUGCCCCCUGACUACACUUUGGCUUACAUGGCGCCCCGCAGCGAACCGCCCCCAUUGGGAAACUCCUCCCCAUCUUGGUUUUAAAAAAAUAAAAACUUGCAACAACAGAGAAACAGCUCUCCUUUCUCCGCGUGGCUAUAUAUAUUUCAGACAGUCGCUGUCAUUGGAAAUCAUUCAGACUUGAGCAAAAGAGAAAACGAGAAGGAAACAAAAAGAGCGGCAGAUUAUUUUUGUUAAGUGCAAGUUUGGCGAAGCAAGUUACUUUCUUCUUUUCCAAUUCAUUUGUGUGCUCACAUUCGGAUGACUAUGGCUGUCAAAAUCAUCGUCCCGCUCUUAUUCAUCGUCUUGCCUUUCGUCAUCGCCAGCAAUUCAGAUUCAGCUGACACUUGGAGAUGUGGCAUCUUUUUUGCUGGCAAUCCGGGCACUGCUCCUCGUGCCAAAAUCUUCAUCUUGCCCAAGAAAUUCCCUGCCGAUUGCAAUGCACCUCGAGUGGAUACUUAUAACGGCACUUGCUACGAAGUGAUGAGAAAGGGACUGAAGGAGUGGAACUUUGAGAACCCCAGUCGCAUCCGCAAGCAAUCCGGCCAUACCAUCGGCGAUGAUUUGUGCGGACCUAUUCCCCGAGAUAUUAAAGCACCCGGCCUCGAAAUGGGUUUCUAUUUCGCUUAUUGUGGGAGCGAUUGGAUCGACACUGGACUCAGAAAACCCGAACGUCUGUGCUGUAGGCAAAGGAAGCAAGUGCCUUGUUAACAUCAGUCUAACUCACUUCUCUCUCACGAAUUAUUUGAAAUGUAUUAAUGUCACCUGGCGUGUCCUACCCGAUAAUUUUUGGGAACAUACGAAACACUAAAUGUUUUGGUACAAAUGAGUAAAUACGGUAUAAACACACUAAACAUUUAUUGAUGGAAUGCAAAUUAUGCAAAUGUACACGUAAAAAGACAAGGAAAAGCGUAGCCAAAAACAACUAACGGACGUGUCACGAAAAAAAAAAAUCAAAUAAACCAUG